AUGAUUACUUCGUCCAACUUGUUUUUGCCACGACUUGUCAGUCAUUUUGGAAAGCUGUCCCUCUACAGUUUCCGUCGCUGUUUCUUUACAAGUAAGCCGAUACAACAGAAAUGGUCCACGGCUUCCAGGGCCAUGAUUAACCGUAUUGCAGGAGCCACUGUUCAUGCCGACAAGCUUAAAAUCCAGUGGGAGAAUGGUCACCAAAACGAGUACCACAACGUUUGGUUACGUGAUCAUUGUCAAUGUGCAAAAUGYUACAGCCAAGAGCUACACAGGAGAGAAUUGAACCUGCUUAACAUGMCACUAGAUAUCAAACCCGAAAAGGCUGCUUCAAUUUCAGAAGGACAUCAGCUUCAYCUUACUUGGCCAGACGGCCAUAACACUGUUUACGAUGCAAAUUGGCUUCACAACCAUGCCUACAAAACGSAGAAUGAGACAAGGAAAGAAAGAUUGGUGGAGCAAUUCAUCUGGAACCGACAUCGCUUGAAUACCAUUAAAUUACCACAGAAACAAUUCAAGUCCGUCAUCCAAGAUGAUAAAAGUUGCUUUGAACUAUCGCACGAUAUUAAAAGGUUUGGUUUUGCACUUGUUAACGAGACACCAAGCACCUCUAGUGCGAUAGAAGACUUGGCUGAACGUCUUGCAGGYUUYGUUCGAGUUACAGCUAUUGCUGGUGUAUGGGAAUUCUCGAGCGGAUUAGCACGUCCCGAUAAUGAAGCCCUGGACUACACAACGGAUAAGAUCGARGCCCAUACGGACACGUCUUUUUAUUCAGAUCCUGCCGGGCUGACCAUUCUCCAAUGCGCACAGCAAGAAGGAACCGGCGGGGAGAAUUUCUUGAUUGAUGGCUUUAACGUUGCAGAGAUGCURAAGGCGCAGGAUAUAGAUGCUUUCAAGUUCCUGACUUCAAAGAAAGUUCCUUUCCAAAUGAAAAGUAAGACAGGCUAUCACUUAAAUGCUGAGGGGCACGUCAUCGAGGUCGAUCCAUACUGGAAAAAUGUCAGGAAAAUUCGCUUUAGUUCAUAUGCCAUGGAUGUUCUUGAUYGCCUCGACGCAGAGGAUGUUCCCAAAUUCUACCAAGCCAUACAGGCCAUGUUGCGUAUAAUUUACAAUUMUGAAAAUGCAUUCUGGUUGCAUCUUGAGCCAAAUGUCUGUUUGAUAAUGGACAACUGGAGGAUCAUUCACGGCCAAAAUGCUUUUACUGGAGCAAGGAGGCUACUAGGAUGUCACUGCAGUAAAGAUGAUUUUGAAAGUCGAUUCAGAUACAAUUAUGACAGAUUCUUGUUGCAUCGAUGA